UCAGUCUUCCACCGUCUCACACACACCAACCACCACUACCUCUCUCACUCUGUCACUCGUUCUCAUACACUCAUACUCUCUCUCUCUCACACACACACACACACACACGUACACUACACUCACUCACACCUACACUCACAAGCGGCAGACACCCUCACUCACGUAGACUGAGCAGUUUUAGCUUAUGAUGCCUGCCUGUUCUCGCAGUCACUCUCUCUACAGACUUACACUCACACACACAGGAGCUUUUAUGCAGGAGUGUACAGAAAAACCAAGCAUUGUCUGCUUUUUGGAGUCUUACUUGGACAUUUAAAGGGAUUUAUAUAUAUAUAUAUAUAUACACACACUAACACAGACAACAAACAUACACAUUUGUAUAUAUAAAUACAUACAAACACAUUUGUAUAUAAACACACACAUAUAAGUGUGUAUAUAAUAUAUAUAUAUAUAUAUAUAUUGAGUGUUUAUAUAUAUAUAUAUAUAUAUUUAUAUAAUAUAAUAUAAUAUAUUUUAUUUACAUAUAUAUUGUUUUGCUUGGCUUUCCGUUUGCUUUCAUGGAAUCUAAUACAACUUGAUGACACCAAAGUUCAAGCCGAUACAAUGAUGCUUUCUGGCAUCACCUUUCUUUGGAAGUGGUUAGUCUGGUUGUUCACUCUACACAUCAGCUGCAGCUUAGCACAAACAACAAUAUCAAUACAGCCACCUUUCCAAUUCACACAGCCAAGCUACAAUGCCAGCAUUCCCGAAAACUCGGUGGGGAAAAUCUAUGUCCAAUCAACGCGGAAAAUGGGAAUAUCCGUCCGCGAUUCCUCGCUGGAAGUUUCCUUCUCGAUAAUAAAACGAGACGAUGAUAGUAUUUUUAAAUUAGAAGAACUGUUCAUUGAAGAUUUUUGGUUUCUUCGGAUACGAACUAACACAGGAAUUCUCCCCGGCAAGCUAAAUCGGGAGCUUCAUGAUCAUUAUACCCUAUACAUCAAAGCCGUGGCACAGAACCUGGGAGGCCUUAUAUUCGAGGCCGAUGCUAUUGUAUAUAUAUCUGUCCUUGAUAGGAAUGACUUAAUGCCUAUAUUUUAUAAUCCUCGAUACAAUAUAACGCUUACUGAAGACACAGCAGUGCACAAACGCAUAACGCAGGUGAGUGCAUCCGAUGCAGAUAUAGGAAUAAAUGCUGAAAUCUAUUACAGUUUUGUUGAAGCCACCAAUACAUUCGCUAUCCAUCCCACAACUGGAGUCAUUACACUCACACGCCCAUUAAAUUAUCAGGACCGAAGUGAAUAUGAACUUGAAAUCCUUGCCAGUGAUCGUGGGCACAAAAUCAGUCAUAGCCAGAGUAUAUCACGAGGUCGUGCUAAAUUGUUCGUCACAGUUCAACAAGUCAACCUAUAUCCCCCAGAAUUCUCAGUUGAAAAUUUACCAUCUUUGGUGGAACAUGGCAACAUCGGAACUGUUUAUGCCAUUGUUCGUAUCGAAGAUCAGGACACUGGUAAUAAUGGCAAGUUAAAUAUGCCACAGAUCAUCGAUGGGGAUCCCAAUGGUUAUUUCAUGUUGAAAGCCGGUAAAUCUCGAGAAGAGUUCCUCAUUAUAGUCCAAGAAAACCUUGACCGAGAAGACAGCCCUGAUGGUUUUAAUUUAACCCUUUAUGUUUCUGAUCAAGGAACACCCAGUCUAAAUUCUACAACAGUAGUCCCAGUGGACCUUCAAGACAUGAAUGACAAUUCUCCAGUUUUCAGUCAAGCCAUUUACCAGGCCAGUAUUGAUGAGACGGCAUUGGUCAAUUCUCCUGUGAUAUUUAUUAAGGCUGGAGAUGCUGAUGCUGGCAAAAAUGCCAAAGUUCAUUACACCAUAACUGGCGGCAACGUAGAUGGAUAUUUCCAGAUAGAUCCUAUAUCUGGACUGAUCACUACGGCAUCAGUGUUGGAUGCAGAGACUGUAUCUGAUGUGGAACUUGAAGUGUGCGCUGAGGACGAAGCAAACUCUGGGGCCAGGAAAAGCGGUGCUGCAAUAGUGCACAUAGAUAUCAAGGAUUGUAACGACAACACCCCAGUGUUUAACAGCACAGGUGAUAUCUUUUAUGUGGAUGAAAACUCUCCAAUUAGUAGUGUUGUCGGCCAAGUGACCGCUACAGAUAUUGACAAAGACGAAAAUGGCUAUUUCAGUUUGACCAUUGCUAAUAUCAACACGGUACCAUUUGAAAUUGAACCGUUUGCAGGGCAUUUGAAGUUGACCCAAGUUCUUGAUUAUGAAUCCAUGAAGGACUCCUACAUCCUCAAGAUCCGUGCUUCCGACUGGGGCAGUCCAUUUCGCCGAGAAGCAGAAACACAAGUUACAGUUAAGAUCCGCGAUGUGAAUGACAACAAGCCCCGGUUUGAGAGUCUGUCGUGCAUGGUUUAUGUGUCAUCCGACAUCGAGAACGACACUGCUCUGUUGGUUGUUUCAGCCAUUGACUUAGAUAUUACAAGUAUUGUUAGUUACAGCAUUGAUAAAGGGAACGAAAAGAACUACUUCUCCAUUCACACAGAACGGGGCGAUAUAUUUUUGAGUGUUCCGACAACUGAGUUGCUUGAGAGUAAAUUCACGCUGGCCAUUGGUGCAACGGACGGCAUCCAUGCUGCUGACCCUAUGGAAAUGACCGUUGUUAUUGUAAAUAAAGAGGAAGCUGAUAGACAACUCUUAGACAACUCAGUGUCAUACAGUUGCCAAAAAUCUAAUGCCACCAAAGUUCUUGAGAAAAUGCUUUUAAAGAAGCAGAAGGAUAGUGAAAAUAACCAAGAUUUAAUGGCUGAAAUGCCAGACGAAUAUCGGUACAACAUCAACCCUCCAGAGUUUGCUUUUGAUAUGCCAACUAAUAUUACCAUCAGGGAAGAUAAACCUGUCACUUUCAGCAUCUUAGAAAUUCCUGUUUCUGACAGUGACCCUGGCUAUAAUGGUAAACUUACUUAUGUUUUAUCAAAGGGAAAUGAGCAAGGCAAGUUUUCCAUUAGUAACGAAGGAAAAUUGUACAUAUUAUCUGAGUUAGACCGAGAGAAGAAGGAUAACUAUGAAUUGGUCAUCACAGCUGCUGACCUUGGCAAACCAAGCAAAACGGCUUCAAGGAAUAUCACUGUGACUGUCUUGGAUGUCAAUGAUUGCUCACCAGUUUUUGAAAGGAACCAUUACGCUGUCAAUGUAUCAGAGAACAUAAAUCUCAAUGCCACCAUCACACAGGUUUAUGCCACUGAUGACGACACGGGGCAAAAUGCUGAGAUUCGAUAUACCAUCAUAUCAGACACUGACGAGUUCAAAGUCGACAACCACUCCGGAAUUAUCCGGGUGAAUGCAUUGCUGGAUCGAGAAAGACAAGAGGUUUAUAAUGUUUUAGUCCAAGCCAGUGACAAGGGAUCAGAAAUUUCCCUUUCAUCAACAACGACCGUCACUAUACAUGUAACAGAUAUAAAUGACAACUUACCGAAAUUCUCUCCAGAGAUUUACGACAUCAAGAUCCGAGAAGACUUGCCAAUUGGUGCUGUGGUAACCACGCUGACGGCCUACGAUCCAGAUCUUGGGUCUGGCGGGGAAGUAACUUACAGCCUAAUUUAUGGCACAGAUGGUAAAUUUGAAAUUGAUGAAAUUACAGGAACGGUGAGAGUGUCACAGAAAUUGGAUUUCGAACAGAAACAAGUAUACAACAUAACAGCCCAAGCUCAGGAUAAUGGUGGUUCACCUCUAUUGUCAUCAUGCUUUAUCAACAUCGAGGUGAUUGAUGUUAACGAGAAUUUGUACCCACCUGUGUUUAGUAGCUUCGUUGCAAUCGGUUACGUUCGUGAAGACGAACCGAUUGGCACAGCUUUCAUGCAAGUUUCUGCUAUAGAUGCAGAUGCCCCGGAAGAUGAUCUUACACCUAUAAUGUAUUCCAUACGAGAUGGUUCUGGAUUAGGACGUUUUACCAUUGACAAUAAUGGGACAAUCCGUACAGCUCAAGUCCUUGACAGGGAGACUGUGUCCCAUUACUGGCUCACUGUCUACGCUCAGGAUAAAGGACUGGUCCCCCUGUAUGGCCAUCAAGAAGUAUUAAUCCGUAUCAACGACACAAAUGAUAAUGUCCCACAGACCGAGGAACCUCUUUACAAUGCAUCCAUUCCAGAAAACAGUGGCUCUGGUAUUGGAAUAAUCAGAAUUCAGGCAUACGACCUCGACACUAGUCUCAAACAGAAUCUAACAUUUGCAAUCACCGGUGGAAAUUCUGAACGUUACUUCAACAUAGAUUCGUUAACAGGUCAAAUCUUCACUACAAGCCGCAAACUGAACCGGGAAUCAAAAGAAGAACAUAUACUCACGGUCACAGUGAAAGACAAUGGAGUCCCCAACUUGAGCUCAUCAACCCAAGUCAUUGUUCACAUUGAAGACGAGAAUGACCAUGCCCCAGAAUUUAUCAACAGCCCUUACCGUCUUCAGGUGCCUGCUUCUCCAAAGGGUACCAAACUGUUCCGCGUGAUGGCCAAAGACAUUGAUGUGGGCAACAAUGCAGAAAUCACUUACUCCAUAAAAAAACGGAAAGUACAACGUUUCAUGAUUGACCCAACAACUGGUAUAAUUUCAUGUCAGGAAGACCUCAUAGCUGGAUCCAAUUUUGAAUUUAUUGUGAAAGCAACAGAUCAUGGGAGUCCAGCCCUGAAGUCUACUACAAAAGUAAAGAUCAAAGUGGUCAAGGUGAAGAAGUACUCAACGAACCCACCAUUGUUUAAUAAGAAGCAUCUGUCUGAGGAAAUUAUGGAGAAUGAUCGAGUUGGCAAAUGGAUUGUGCUAGUUCAGGCCUUUGAUAUGGAUAGGGACAAAAUUUGGUAUUCUAUCGCGGAUGGUAAUGAAGACCACACAUUCAGCAUUGGCCCAGAAGAUGGCAUGAUAUUUAUAGCCCGUAAACUAAACUGGGAGGUGAAGAAUCACUACAAUUUGACCAUUAAAGCCACAGAUGGACAGCAUCAGGAUUUUGCAUGGCUUGAAAUCAAGGUCCUCGAUGUAAACGACAAUCCACCAAUAUUUGACAAGAAAGAAUAUAUUGGCCAAGUUUAUGAAUCUGUCGCUAUUGGUAAACAGGUUCUGCAAGUGUCUGCUACUGACCAAGAUAAUGGUAGACUCUUCUAUUCCUUGUCUUCAGCAACAAACCCUGCAAGCAAGUCAAAAUUCCACAUCGAUUCAGAAACUGGUGUAAUACGAGUGAAGGAGAAAUUGGAUCGUGAAGUCCUGGCUCGGCAUGAGUUGGUAGUGAUGGUGAGGGACCAAGGUUUACGUUCCAAACGUAACAUGUGCCGUGCUGUCAUCAUGGUACUCGACAACAAUGACCACAGUCCAGAGUUUCUGUCCGACAUAUUUGAAGGCCGAGUAUUCGAGACUGCAGCUAUAGGCACUUCCGUCCUCCAAGUCGUUGCUGCUGACCAGGACAAAGGAAUCAAUGCAGAGAUACGCUACAGCAUUUUAUCAGGGAAUACAGGAGGUGCUUUUGCCAUUGAUGAUACCAUGGGAACUAUAACUGUGGCGAAACAGUUGGACCGAGAGGGUCAGUCUGAUUAUGUUCUGUCUGUGCUGGCCACUGAUUUUGGCUCUCCACAACUCAGCAGUACUGGAACUGUCCACAUAUCGGUGACUAUUUCAAAUAACGCACCCCCAAAGUUCCCCCACAAAGAGUAUGUGAAAGAAAUCCCUGAGAAUGAACCUGUUGGGGUGAUUGUGUCGACAGUGGUCGCCGACAGUAGGUCGUCUGUCGUGUACUUAAUCACCAGCGGAGAUCCAAAAGAAAUGUUUCGGAUCAAUCCCAACUCGGGUGUUUUAUCAACGAACAAAGUCUGUGACUAUGAGGAGCAAAUCUUUUAUAACCUGACAGUAACUGCCAUGAACAUCAUUGGCCGAUCAACAAGUUGUUCAGUUCUGAUUCACAUCAUUGACAAGAAUGACAACAAUCCAGUCUUUGAGAAAGAACUUCACCAUGGAUUUAUCAUAGAACAAGCACCGGUUGGUUCUAUAGUUCUCAAUGAAGAUAGGUUUCCACUCGUCAUCAAAGCGACUGAUGCUGAUAGCGGCAUGAAUUCACUUCUACAGUAUGAAAUUGUUGAAAACAAGAUACAGUCUGUUUUUUCAGUCGACAGUAACACUGGAGCCAUUCGAACAGCAAGCUUACUCGACCACGAGGUGUUGGCCGACUAUGAGUUCACAGUGCGCGCUUUUGAUCUUGGCAGACCUCAUCUUCUCGCUUUGGAAUCGUCUCGGGUUAAAAUCCAUGUUCUCGAUACGAAUGACUCACCACCCAGAUUCUCUCAGGAUGUCUACAAUGUCUCUCUACUUCUACCAACAUUCAGAGAAGUUGCUGUUCUUGUGUUAAAUGCCACUGAUCCAGACACUGGAGUUGGCAGCAAACUGACAUACAAGAUAGAUCAGGGCAACGAGGAUGGGACAUUUGAACUUCAGCCUGACACUGGAGUACUUUCUGUCACCAAUGACACAGACAUCAGCAGUGUGUAUGACUUGACCGUCACGGUCAGUGAUGGAGUAUAUGAAACAUCUGCUGAGAUCUUCAUAACGGUCCUACGAAGCAAUGAGACUAGUUUGGUGUUUACGAAAAAUGAUUACCAGGUGGAAGUGAUGGAAAACGUAGCCACAAACCAGUCUCUAACAGUUCUACAGUUAACUGGAUUGAUUCUCAACCAACAUGUCACCUUCAAGUUGUUAAAUCCCAAUGAUAUGUUUACGAUUGGGGCCACUUCUGGUGUUCUGCACACAAUUGGCAAGCCUUUUGAUCGAGAGAAGCGAUCAAGUUAUAGAUUAGUGGUCGAAGCUAGAGAUUCUCAACAAGAACCAAGAUAUGCUCGUGCCAUUGUCCAUGUAGAAAUUGCUGACCAGAAUGACAAUCCCCCUAUCUUUGUGAAUCAACCUUACAAUUCUGUGAUUUCAGUUGAGUCAAAGAUAGGAGACCUCAUCAAACAGAUUUCAGCAGUAGACAAAGAUAUUGGCAGAAACAAAGAACUGUCCUUCAGAAUCGUUGCUGGAAACAACCAGAGCCUCUUCUCCAUCAAUAACGUCACAGGACACAUCAGAGUCAACAAAAUCUUAAAAGACUAUGAAAAUCAAGAAUUCCGGUUGAUAGUUGAAGCAGCAGAUAAUGGUGAAAUUCAGCAGAUUUCACGCUGCAAGGUACCUAUCAAAAUCAUAACGAAAGCAACCCCAUUAUUUGAGAAACAGUUCUAUAACAUCACUGUUCCAGAAAACAUUGAACUUCACUCUCCAAUUCUCAGUCUACAGGCCGUUAGUCCAAAUGGGCAAAAGUUGGUCUAUUCCAUCACAGGUGGAGAUGUCUUCCAUGAAUUUACAGUAGAUUUCAACACAGACAUGGAAGUUCUAGGCCCGUGUGUUGUGUCAGUGAUUGAUGUUCUGGACUACGAGAAGAUCAACCAGUACAAUUUGACCGUCCGAGCUGCUGAUGUACUCACUGGUGUAUAUACGGAAGCUUUCAUUUCUAUCAACAUAAUGGAUGUCAACGACUGUAACCCAGAAUUUGUCAGUGAAGUGUACAGUGUUUCUGUAUCGGAAGCCAUUCUGAUAGGGAGUUCCGUGGUUCAAGUCCUGGCCAAGGACGAUGAUAGUGGCAUCAACAAGAUGAUAUUUUAUCGCCUAGCUCCAGCAGUUGGUGUAGAAGACGACACAAAAUACUUUCAGAUCAAUCCAGGCUCUGGUGUCAUUCACACAGUACUUCAGCUUGACCAUGAGAUCAAACCAGUCUAUAGAGUGUCCGCAGUGGCCACAGACAGUGGCAACCCAGCACGCAGUUCUUCGGUACUGGUCAACAUCCGUGUACUGGACCUCAACGACAAUGCUCCUACUUUCCCACAGUACUAUUACGAUGUAACAAUCUCUGACCAAUCUUCAAGGAACCAGUUCGUGACUAAACUUCACGCCAAUGACCCGGACAGUUCCAAUGCUAAUUUGCUCCGCUAUGCCAUCGCUGGCGGCAAUCACAGACAGACGUUUCAAAUCGAUGCUAAGUCAGGUAUUCUACGCAUCUCUCCAAACCGGUCACCAAGGCUGGAAUCCUUCUAUGACCUCAGUAUCUCUGUGAUGGAUGGCGUGUUCACGAGUUACACCCAGGUGAGAAUCAAUGUGAAAAACAGCAACAAUCAUGCGCCACACUUCCCACAACAGUUCUACUCCUUCAAAUUCCCUGAAAACUACCCGAUUGAGGUUCUAAUUGGGACCUUAACUGCAGUUGACCAAGAUACUGGUUAUUAUGGUCAGCUCAGCUAUUCCAUUAUUAGUCAGUCGGCCCAAAAGAAUUUCAGAAUUGAUGCUGACACAGGAGAAUUGUUUUCUUUGAUCCAAUUUGACCGUGAGAAAGAAUCUAAAUAUAUGAUUCCUGUAGCUGCUGAAGACAGUGGUGGUAGAAUGGGCUUUACCACCGUCUAUGUCCAUAUUAGCGACCAAAAUGAUAAUCUACCUCAGUUCUACAUUCGUGACUACAAAGCUUCAGUUUAUGCCAAUUCUUCCAUCGGAACCAGCAUCGUCCAGGUAAAAGCUCUUGACCCAGAUGAAGGUAAAAAUGGUGAGGUUGUCUACUCUUUAUACCUAGAAGAUGACAAUGAGGUGAUGCAGUUGUUUGCUAUUGACAACAAAACUGGGGUUUUAACUGUCAAGGGCAGCAUACGAGAAAAAGCCAACCAAGUCUACCAGUUUUUUGUGUCUGCCACAGACCAAGGGGCAUUGAGCCUUGAGAAUAACGUUCCAGUAGAAGUUGUUAUCAUGGGUGAUAAGGACAUCCCUCCACGCUUCCAGUCCAAGUCACGUUCACCGCAGGUUUACCACAUCAACGAGGUGGAGAAUCUUUCCGAUGCCGUGUGCGUAGUUGAAGCAGAGGGACCCGAAGUGAUCGACUACAAGAUGAACUCUGGUUACACAGAGAAAACCAACAAUCCACCUACCUUCGCCAUCACCAGCGAAGGUCGAGUGCGUCUCAUUCGAUCACUGGACCGUGAAAGAUCCAAGGAUUAUAUAAUUACUGUGCAGGUCAUGACAACAACAACUCCACUCUUAGUUGACCAAACUGAAGUACAGAUACAUGUUGUUGAUAUCAACGAUAAUGCACCGCAGUUUGACUCAAAGCCAUAUAGCAUUCGAGUGGCCGAGGAUACAAAACCAGGUUCAGUUCUCAUCCAAGUACAUGCUGUAGACAAGGAUGAUGGCCUGAAUGGUGAGAUCAUCUACAGAUUCGCUGAUGAAAACCCCGUGUGGGUCUCACAAUACUUCACCCUCGACGCGGACACAGGUCAGCUGACGCUUGUGUCCAGUUUGGAUCGUGAGACACAAGACCGGUACAACCUAACAAUAGUUGCCGAGGACAAAGGCGAGAAGCCAUUGUCCUCCCGCAGCUACAUCAUGGUGGAGGUUACCGACGUCAACGAUGAACCACCCCGCUUCAAACAGAAAAAAUACCUGGCCUCAGUUAACGAGGACGCAGCCCCUGGUACUGUGAUUUUUGCUGUCAACGCUACCGACAGUGACAUAGAAGACAACAGCCGCCUGACCUUCCACAUCACCGCUGAUGACCCGCUUGGACAGUUCCGUAUCAGUAGCACUGGUGACAUCAUUGUCAAUAAGAUGCUUGACCGAGAAACAAAACCUCGUUAUGUCCUAAUUGUUACUGUCACAGAUGGCAAGUUUGUCUCCCAUGUGAAGGUCAGAGUUGACAUUCUCGAUGCGAACGAUAAUGACCCCAUAUGUUCAAAGAUGUUUGUAGCAAUCUUUAUCAAGGAGGACGAUGCCCCAUCCACAUUCCUCAAAUUGUUCCGGGCCCACGACAAAGAUGAGAAAAACACCAGAAACUCCAGAAUCCAAUACCAUCUGAGUGGCAUGAACUCAGAUAUGUUUAGUAUGGGUGUCCAUACAGGUGUACUGACCAUCAGGAGUCCACUUGACCGAGAACAACAAGAUGAAUACCAUCUUACAGUCCAUGCAGUAGAUGGUGGUGGUCGUUCUUGCACCACUGAUGUUUUAAUCAGUGUCCAAGACAUCAACGAUAAUGCCCCACAAUUUUCCAUACCUCUCAGGAAUGUCUCUAUCCCUGAAGAUGCCCAAAUCAAUACUUUGAUUACGCGUCUAACAGCAACUGACCGAGAUGCUGGUGUUAGUAAAGAAAUCAAGUUCCGUCUGAAGAACCCUGAAGACGAUUUUCUCAACAUCGAUGAGAAAUCUGGAAUUAUCAGCCUUGCUAAGACUCUGGACCGAGAGGUGAAAGACUUUUACAGCGUUGCUGUUAUAGCUUAUGACAAGGGAUUCCCUCGUAUGUCUUCUACUGCUACCCUCAACAUCCAUUUACUCGAUGUGAAUGACAACCCCCCAGAAUUCGAGCACACCAUGUACAAAGGCGAGGUCCGUGAAGACAUUGGCAUUGGUAGAGUAUUGCAGGUGCUUGCUGCAAGCAAAGAUGUCGGUGUAAAUGCAGAAAUAUCAUAUCACAUUAUUGCAGGCAACGAACAACACCGGUUCAAGAUUGACAAAACCACAGGCGUCUUAUAUGUCAACAAACCUCUUGACCAUGAACUGACCCGAGAAUAUUUCUUGACAAUCGAGGCCCGAGAUGGAGGAACGCCAUCGUUAAGCAAUACGGCAGUGGCAGCAAUCAAUGUCACUGACAUCAACGAUUGCCCUCCACACUUCUCGCAAGACGUCUAUUCAAUCCGGCUUCUUGAAUCCGAACCCGUUGGUAAUACAAGCCUGAGAAUCGUGGCAGCUGAUGCAGACAGUGAACCAAACGCUAUGAUUACCUACAUUAUCAACAGUGGUGACAUAGCUGACCAGUUUGACAUAGAGCAGACCUUUGGGUAUCUAAGCAUCAAGUCUGCAUUGGACAGAGAGAAAAUUUCCAGCUACAACCUCGAAGUCCUUGCUGUGGACAGUGGCUAUCCUCAGCUGACCGGUACAACAACACUCUCUAUUGAAAUACAAGACAUUAAUGAUUGUCCACCACGUUUUAGCCAGCCUGCAUAUUCUGUAGCUGUUCAGAAAAACUCUUUGGUCGAGGAUCGUCCAACAGGUUUCGACAUCUUAACAUUCGAACUCACUGACGAUGAUUUGCCACCAAAUGGUGCCCCGUUCUCGUUUGACAUUAUCUCAGGUGUUGGUAAAGAGAGGUUUCGAGUGGACAAUGAAGGCAAGCUGCUUACUGUCCGAGACCUCAACCAGAGCAUUAAGGACCGCUAUGAACUGACUAUUAGAGCCUUUGACAGUGGAAGCCCUCCUUUGUACUCCGAUGCAACUGUGACCAUUGAGGUAACUGAGGAGAGUACAGUGCCUCCCAAGAUAUCCAACCUGAAAAUCUCAAUCAACUCCUAUCAAGACAAAUUCCCGGGUGGGAUCAUUGGAAAAGUUUCUGCUGAAGACCCAGACAUUCAUGAUUCCCUUAAAUAUAGUAUUGUCUCUUCGAAUCUUCAUCUAUUUGAUAUUCAUGAGAACGAUGGCCGCAUUAUUGCGAAGCCAGGUCUAGAUGCUGGCCGGUAUGUCAUUGAUGUGAAAGUCUCAGAUGGUAGGUAUGAUUCUUACGGCCAAGCUAACGUCGACGUCAGCGUUACCACUGAUGAAAUGGUCAAGAAUGCUGUAACCAUUCGUCUUGGUAAUAUCCAAGCUGAUGAUUUUUUGAGGCAGCAAUCUAGAAACUUCAUCAAGGUCUUGAAGAACGAAUUAUCCGUUCGGGCUAGAGACAUUGAAAUAAUCAGCCUGCAACCUGCUGACAUCAGUACAGGUGCACAGAGCAGGCGUAAGAGGUCUACAUCCGAAGAUCUUGAUGUUUUGUUUGCUGUGAGGAUGUCUCAUAAUAGUUUCAUCCGCGUAAACACACUACGAAGGAAAGUUCAGAAUGCUACCCCUAAAAUACAGUCAGCGCUCAACCUGAAAGUUAUGAAAGUAUUUAGUGAUGUCUGUGAGAAGGACACGUGUGAUACAGGAUCAUGCGUUGGCUUUGUGGACUUUGACAAGGAAAACCCUAUUGUUACUGAGAUUGGCGAACAAAGUUUUGUCUCACUGAAGUACCGGUACACUUAUGAGUGUAAAUGUCUUGAUAACAAAUGUAUAUGGGACCCAGACCCCUGUAUUGGUCACCAAUGUCCACACUACAAAGUGUGUAAAGCUUCUGAUGUGUCUGGGCCACAGUGUGCCUGCCCAGGGGGCAAGACUGGGCUGUACUGUGACAAGGACUUACCCCCAGACUGUGCUCAACAUGGAUGUUAUCAUGAUAAUAAACCUUUAACAUUUGCUGGUCGUAGCUUCGCUCGAUGGACGUUGGUGGAUAAACACGGCUUUGAAAACAGAUUAAGUGUUUCCUUGAGGAUAAAGACUCACCAGAAAAAUGCCAACCUCAUGUUUGCUAGUGGUUCUGUGGAUUAUAGUAUUCUUGAGCUGGACAAUGGCAUGGUACAGUACAGGUUUGAAUGUGGCAGUGGUGUUGGAAGAGUGCAGCUACCCAGGAAAAUCAGUGAUGGUGAAUGGCACACCAUAUUUGUUGAGCGCUUAGGCAAGACAGCUACAAUCAACCUGGACGGCCGUUACACGGCAUGGUCGAGCGCUCCGGGUGAACAUGAUGUCCUCAAUCUGGGCAGCAACAACAUUUAUUUUGGCGCCGAAGUCGAGACAUUCCCUAACGGUUACCGCAACAUCAAGCGGGGCUUCGAAGGGUGCAUGGAAGACCUGCGCCUACACAACAUCCGUUUGCCAUUCACUGAUCGCAAUGCUGUAGCCACCUCACAGGAAUUUCAUAAGAUUGAGUUUAACUGCAAGAACAUGUGGGAGAAAAAUGAAAAUGAUCCUUGUUCCAACUUCCCAUGCCUCAAUGGCGGUCGGUGUAUCCCAUCCAGCCACAAGAGCUACACCUGUGUGUGUGGUUCACGUUUCCAAGGACUGAAGUGUGAAGUCGAUACCAAUCCAUGUGCAGAUAACCCAUGUCUAAAUGGAGGUACCUGUCGUAACAACCCUGUUUUACCCAAUGAUUUCUGGUGUAAAUGUGUUGGUGGACUUAAGGGACGACGUUGUGAAUAUGGCCACCACUGUGCUGUCAAUCCUUGCAGGAAUGGUGCCAAUUGCAUUGAAGGACCAGACAAACCUAUUUGCCAAUGUGUUGGACUUUAUGAAGGCCCACUUUGUCAAUAUGAGUCUGAUAAGUGUGCCAACAACCCUUGCAAGAAUGGUGGCACCUGCUACAAUGGACCUGGCACUUAUUUCUGCAACUGCAGCAUUGACACAGUCGGAACGCACUGUGAAGAAAUCCUUCUUCCAAAUAUCUCAUCUAAUAAACAUGGAAUCACAGAGAAUGAAAUCUUCAUCAUAAUUGGUGCCUUAGCAUUCCUGAUCGUAAUAGUAAUCAUUCUGAUUGCCAUUCGAUUCUGGUACCAGAAGAAGCAAGCUCAUCGCCGGAUUCUUGCCCCAAAUCCCCGCUUGGCCAACAACGUGAUCAUGGGUGACCCUGAUGAUCUGAAACAUUCCAAACUCAGCAACCCAGACCUGCACCUCGGCAUAUCACACUGCCCACCCAGCCCUCAA